CCACUUAAACUUAAAUUGUCGUCCGAAUGUUUACGUUAUGAUGUAUAAAAGUAGAAAAACGUACUUUUUAUAAUUUAAAUAUGUUAUUUUGUUACAUACAACCCAGAGUGUUUAUAACUCGCGCACGACACCGAUUUUCAAACUCAAUGCGUAACACUAGCUUAAAGCAACAUUGUGUUCUAGGCAUAUUGUGUUGUCUCAAGAAAUACAAUUGAAUUUUAAAUAAAAAGUCAAAUAUGGGGAAAUAAAAUGAGGUGUUUUGACAUUCUGUUGCCAACAGAUAGCGCCAUAACACUGGAGAGGCGUUCGAGUUCGAACCUGUGUUCGAGUUCGAGCCUGACAGCUUUGGGUGUCAUGACGUCAUCACUACUCUCCCAAAACACAAGCGGAUUCCCCACUGUGAGUAAAAAUGUAUACCGGUAUAUAUAAAAGCUGUAAUAACUAUAAAAUAGAUAUAGCACCACGUUAAUUGGUUAUUUUUGUGAAUCGCAACAAACCCAGUAAACAAUAAUAUCGCGUUUGUAACUUUGUCCGUAGUAAUUAUUUUUCAGCAACAACUUCUAUACUGUCUUAAUAUUGCAAUUAAAAUGAUAUAUUUCUUAGCUGCUAUCAGCUUCAUUUGUCACCAGUAUCUUAAAAAAGCAAAACUUAUUAAUUGGCAAGUAAAGAGAGUCUAAGGUGAGUUCUCGAAAAAUACAUCUCAUUAUUAUUGUUAUACACUUUGAAAGCCCAGCUGGACUAUAAUGAUGAUUGUAAUGAUGAAAAUGAUGAGUCAAAGCUUUUCAAACAGGACACAUCUUUGUUCUAGUUCAACCUUGAAUAGUGAAUCGUUAUUUUGUAAUGAACUAUUGUUGAAGAAAAAAAAAGCUGUUUAAUAUAGCAAAUUGUCUCUACCCACAAAAGUGACUCCGGAGUGAGCGCUCUUCGCAUUCGUGCAAUCUCUGCACAAAGCGACCCGCCCAACGGCACAUUGUGAAAGCCUCUGAUUGGGCGCGAGAGACGUCAGUCAAAAAUAUUUGCCAGUGUCGCGGUAGGUUGACCGCGAUGUGUUGAAAGAGGACUCGUCCACAUUAUUGACGGUCCCGCUCGGUCGUGGUAGUGUCAGCCUCCUUCCCCGCCCUCGUCGCCUCUUAAUCGGACUGUCCUGUCCAGGAUGACUCGGUCAAGAGGAAUGCAGUUUACAUGAGCAUCUGGACUCUAUUUUGCCAAGCAUCAGAUAACUUUUACGCGUACUCCCAUUGGAUCUUUUGAUUGGUCUUGGAUAUUUAAGGAGUUAAUAGGCUAUGCAGCAGCCCCAAUAGCAGACAGGGAUCACUCCUCCUGGUUCUCCCCGAGCUUUUCUACCCGAUGAAGAUGGGACUGCCCGCCCUGGAGUUCAGCGACUGUUACCUGGAUAGUCCGCAGUUCCGGGAGAGACUCAAGUCCCACGAACUGGAGCUGGACAAGACCAACAAGUUCAUCAAGGAGCUUAUCAAGGACGGCAAGGCGCUGAUCCAGGCUCUGAAAAGUCUGUCCACGGCCAAACGGAAGUUCGCCGACUCUCUCAAUGAUUUUAAAUUCCAGUGCAUCGGAGACGCUGAGACGGACGAUGAGAUAUGCAUAGCUAAGUCUCUUCAGGAGUUUGCAACCGUUCUACAAAAUCUGGAGGAUGAGAGGACAAGGAUGAUUGAGAAUGCCAACGAUGUGCUCAUUAUGCCUCUGGAGAGGUUCAGGAAAGAGCAGAUCAGUGCAGCUAAGGAAGCCAAGAAGAAGUAUGACAAAGAGACAGAGAAGUAUUGCGCGGUACUAGAGAAGCACCUGAGCCUUUCAGCGAAGAAGAAAGAGUCACACCUGCAUGAGGCAGACAACCAGGUGGAUAAUGUCAGGCAGCAUUUCUAUGAAGUCUCUCUGGAAUAUGUCUUUAAAGUGCAGGAGGUCCAAGAGAGAAAGAUGUUUGACUUUGUGGAGCCGCUGCUGGCCUUCCUCCAGGGCCUCUUCACUUACUAUCACCACGGCUACGAGCUGGCCAAGGAUUUCAACCACUUCAAGACGGACCUCACCAUCAGCAUACAAAACACGAGGAAUCGUUUUGAGAGCACGAGGUCCGAGGUGGAGAGUCUAAUGGGGAAGAUGAAGGAGAAUCCUCAUGAACACAAGAGCGUUAGCCAAGACACCAUGGAGGGAUACCUCUUUGUGCAGGAGAAGCGUUCAUUUGUGUCAAGCUGGGUGAAGUACUACUGCACGUACCAUCGGGAGCCAAAGCGGGUCACUAUGGUUCUCUUUGACCCCAAAUCGGGGGGGAAAAUGGGUGACGAGGAGAGCUUCUUCCUGAAGUCCUGCACCAGGAGGAAGACAGACUCCAUUGAGAAAAGGUUCUGCUUUGACGUGGAGGCCGUGGACAGGCCGGGAACGAUCACAAUGCAGGCUCUGUCAGAGGAAGACCGCAGGUUGUGGAUGGAGGCCAUGGAUGGGAGAGAGCCGGUGUACAAUCUCAACAGGGAUAACCAGACAGAAGGCAUGGCCAAGCUGGAUGUGAUUGGGUUCAACGUGAUGAAAAAAUUUAUAUAUGCAGUGGAGACUCGAGGUAUUGACGAGCAGGGCUUGUAUAGAAUCGUCGGCGUCAGCUCCCGAGUUCAGAAACUAUUGAGCCUCGCAAUGGAUCCAAAGACCUGUGCUGACGUGGAGUUGGAAAACCCAGAGUGGGAGAUUAAGACCAUCACCAGUGCUAUGAAGCACUAUCUCAGGGUGCUCCCUGGACCCCUCAUGACAUAUCAGUACCAGAGGAGUUUCAUCAAGGCUGCCAAGUUGGACAACCCAGAGGCCAGGGUGACAGAGAUCCAUGCUCUGGUGCACAGGCUGCCUGAGAAGAACAGGCAGAUGUUGGAACUGCUCACCAAACACUUAUCCAACGUGGCCAAUCACCACCAGCACAACCUGAUGACUGUCGCCAAUCUGGGCGUUGUUUUUGGGCCAACUUUACUCCGCCCCCAGGAGGAGACAGUGGCGGCCAUAAUGGACAUCAAGUUCCAGAACAUUGUAGUGGAGAUUCUCAUUGAGCACCAUGAGAGGAUAUUCAAGGACGUGCCGACGACUUUAACCAACGUGCAGGCCAACCUCUCCAAAAGAAAGAGCAGUGAGAGUAAACCUGCAUCCUGCAGUGAAAGGCCACUCACACUCUUCCAGACACCAACACAUUCCCUCAAAGGUGAAAAGAGGAACAGUGUCGUUGUCGCCUCGAUGGGAGAGCAGCAGCCGGCCACCAACUGCAGCAGCAGCAGCAGCAGCGGCGGCAGCAGCAGCAGCCAAGGUCGAACGCCCAGACACAGCCUGAUCAGCAACGACGGAGAACACGACACCCGGCAGAUCCGGCCCAGCUCACUGUUGAACCCCAAAACCACCCCAAAAGCACCAGCCUGUGCACGAUCCUCCAGUCCUAACUCACCACGCUCUCCGUCCUGGCCCAUGUUCUCGGCGCCGUCCAGUCCUCAGCCGAUAUCCUCAGCCUCCAGCGACUCUUCUCCUAUCAGCAUGUCAGGCAGGCGAGCGCGAGCGUUGUACGCCUGCAAGGCCGAGCACGACUCUGAGCUGUCCUUCAUCGCUGGAACCAUCUUCGACAACGUUCAUGUCUCCAGAGAGCCCGGCUGGCUGGAAGGAACGUUGGACGGGCGAAUAGGACUAAUACCUGAAAACUACGUGGAGUUUUUAUAGUGCAGGGACCACACUGGACUGGACUACGACCACAACUAGUCUGCAAAGGAGACGUGGAGCAGUUUUCAGUGGAGUGUACACAUGAGCGGGACUUUGACACGCCAUCCUGGAGUUGCACUGGAAGGAACUAAACAAACUUACGGCUCCUCUUUGGGUCCAGCUCUUAUUGGAUUCAAUCGGGUGGCUUCCAAAGUCCUUGUGAAGAUGUAAUGAGCCUUGAGUGUGUGUGUGAGUGAGUGAGAGAGUGUGUGUGAGAGUGUGUGUGUGUGUGUGAGUGUGUGUGUGUGAGUGAGUGAGAGAGUGUGUGAGAGAGUGUGUGUGAGAGUGUGUGUGUGUGGGUGAGUGUGUGUGUGUGAGUGAGUGAGAGAGUGUGUGAGAGAGUGUGUGAGAGAGUGUGUGUGUGUGUGAGUGUGUGUGGGUGGGGGGGGGAUCGUACUGUUAUGUCAGCUUGUGUUCCUGUCUUCUUUAAACUGCACUGACUUCCAACAUCUUCCCUCAGAAAGUAGACACUAAUCCACAUUGGAGUUUUGGAACCCGGAUGAGGUCUGAGGCAAUAGGCAUCACUCAGGGCAGAGCAGCGUCAGGUGACCUUGUCACCAAAGAUCAGCCAAAGGUCAGUCUUCUCUGCCCGUCUUUUUUUUUUUCCGUCUUGAAAAAAUGUGAGCAAUUCCAGACAAGCACGUGGAACAAUUGACAGUCAAGAUUGGAAGAGCUGCGUGGGGG